GCUGUGGCGGCAAAUGGGCUUGGGCGGCUCCUUGGCGGUUGGUGGCGGUGGCCGUAGCGGUUCCUUUUGGCCCUGUUAAUGUCGGGGCCAGGCCCGGGGAGGAUGGCGCCCUAGAGCCCGGCCUUGCUGGGGUAGGGGCGGGAGGGGACGGGGUGGGGACCGGCCAUGUCGGAGGUGACCCGAAGUCUGCUGCAGCGCUGGGGCGCCAGUUUUAGGAGAGGCGCCGACUUCGACUCUUGGGGCCAGCUGGUGGAGGCGAUAGACGAGUAUCAGAUAUUAGCAAGACACCUACAAAAAGAGGCCCAAGCUCAACACAAUAAUUCUGAAUUCACAGAAGAACAAAAGAAAACCAUAGGCAAAAUUGCAACAUGCUUGGAAUUACGAAGUGCAGCUUUACAGUCCACACAGUCCCAAGAAGAAUUUAAACUGGAGGAUCUGAAGAAGCUAGAACCAAUCCUAAAGAAUAUUCUUACAUAUAAUAAAGAAUUCCCAUUUGAUGUUCAGCCUGUCCCCUUAAGAAGAAUUUUAGCACCUGGUGAAGAAGAGAAUUUGGAAUUUGAAGAAGAUGAAGAAGAGGGUGGUGCUGGAGCAGGGUCUCCUGAUGCCUUUCCUGCUAGAGUUCCCGGUACUUUAUUACCAAGGUUGCCAUCAGAACCAGGAAUGACAUUACUCACUAUCAGAAUUGAGAAAAUUGGCCUGAAAGAUGCUGGGCAAUGCAUUGAUCCCUAUAUUACAGUUAGUGUAAAAGAUCUGAAUGGCAUAGAUUUAACUCCUGUGCAAGAUACUCCCGUGGCUUCAAGAAAAGAAGAUACGUAUGUUCAUUUUAAUGUGGACAUUGAGCUCCAGAAGCAUGUUGAAAAAUUAACCAAAGGUGCAGCUAUUUUCUUUGAAUUCAAACACUACAAGCCUAAAAAAAGGUUUACCAGCACCAAGUGUUUUGCUUUCAUGGAGAUGGAUGAAAUUAAACCUGGGCCAAUCGUAAUAGAGCUAUACAAGAAACCCACUGACUUUAAAAGAAAGAAAUUGCAAUUAUUGACCAAGAAACCACUUUAUCUUCAUCUGCAUCAAACUUUGCACAAGGAAUGAUCCUGACAUGAACACCCUGGAACUUCUGUGAAUCUCACCACUCAGUAGAAACCAUCCUAGCUCUGUGUAGCACAUUCGCCCUUCAACAGGCAGGAAGCAAGUCGUACCCAGGCCAGCAGGCCAGAGUGAGUCCAUUACAAAGCUGUAGCACAGAAUUCAAAGUCCAGCACGUCACUGAUGUAAAAGACUCCUUUGGAUACAGGCUUACUGUAGAUCUUGAAACGUUUUCACUUUUCUAUUAAUUGUGCAAUGAAUAGCCUCUUUUCUAAUUUGCCACUACUCCUGCCCUGCUUCCUGGAACGACACUGUUGUGGGUGGAAUGUGCUCACCUUCACACUUAAUACAGCAAUAAGAGUGUGCUAGAGUUUACACACCUGUCCACUUCUGCGCCAAUAUGCUCUUUGGUUUUUCGAGUUAAUGUCAGACUUUGGGUUGAUGUGGGUAGGAUAGUAUGAAACUGCUUUGAGAGGAAUUGGACCAAUUAUGCUGCCCAAGGUCAGUCUGGAAAUUUAUAGGCUGCUUCUCGGAGACGGCCUUGAUUCACCCUGAUCUCAUGGUUCUCCUGCUUAGAAACAGUGUGCCUUGGCCUAAUCAGUAUCCCAUAUGGGUGUGUUCGCAGGUGGUAGCUGUGAUUUUUCCAGAUGACCGGAUCGUUUUUCUGAAAGUGAGCAUGUUUUUAAGUCAUGUUGAUUAGCUUUUUUCUACAUCACAUCGUUACUCUUUCUGAUAGUGAUUCUGGGGUUAGUGACGGAACCAUCUCAGAAUAAUAACAAAUUCUUGGUGGGUUUAUAAUGUCUUCUAAAUCGUGUAAUCUAAAAAUAAUUUGAGUCAGAUGCUAACAAGAUACCGCAGGAAUAACUGCUGUUUUUCUGACAACUGAUUGUGAAACCUUAGAACCUGCAUACCUCUUCUUAUAGUGCUGAGUAUGCAAAUCUGGAGAUAUUCUAUUUUUUUUUUAUAUAGGUAGAUAGGAUUGCCAUUUAUUUCGUAUGUAGAUAUACUGACAUUCAUCCAUAUGGAAAUAUGCAGGUCAUUAGCUUUUUAUAAUUUGACUAUUUACAUUCUUUUGACUUAAAUAAUGGGGCAUAAAUAAAACUUUCAUAGUACACACGAGGUGGAUAUUUGAUACACAGAACAUUUAAGAUUUGGGGUGGGCGUUCUGUGGGUUAGAUGUGGAGCCCACAUAUUUAAUAUUCACUUUUAAAUGACCAAUGCUAGCAUGAGGGGAACGCAGUGCCAGUACUUGGCCUAUUUUUAAACUCGUGUAAUAAGCCUAGUCAGUACCAUUCAGUAUGUUUGCUUUUUAAAAUAAGUAACCACAAUUAAGUUCUAGCCCUUGCACUUCAAGAGAUCUAGUGUCCACUUUCAGUUGUCUGUUAGGUCAGUUCUGUUUACUAUGAUGGAUGUUAAAAAACUAUAUGAGCCUGAAGAAUUCUCAACCCAAUUUAGUCUUGCCUCCCUCUUGAUUAGUUUAAUUCCAGAUGAUUCCAUCCACAGUAGCUUGAGGGGAUGAGGAAUUUGCCUUAAUAAAUUACUUUGUUGUUCGCUCAACUCUUAGACUGUGACUUGUCAGCCCCGUGCCCUCCCCCACCCCCCCGCCCCCAGACUGUAAGCUCCUCAGGGGGCAAGAACCACAUGUUCUCCAUGUCACGUACAUUUUCUGAGGUGCUUGGCAGCGCUCUGUACCCUGUGGAGUACUCAGUACCUUUUGUUUGAUGUUGCUGACAAGACCUAAAAAUAAUCCCUUAAAAAACCUACCAUUAAAAUGUAGCAAAGCUGAUACAUUGUUCUCUUUUCUCAUAGACCAUAAGACACGCACAUCAAGGUGAUAGUUUGUCACAUCUGCUGUCAUUCACAAAAGUAUGGUUUAGAUGAACUCCAAAUGCCUUUCAUCAGUGUUAAAGAAGCUUAAAUCGAACACCGCGUGAGUAGCUUAGCUUUGUAAUUCAGACCUGAAUGAAAUAACAAAACGAGCGACUGUCUUGAAGCAGUAGACACAGAAUACUCCACAUCCCACAAAUUAUUUACUUUUCGAUGAAAAGCUCAGCCACUGAACAGUAACCACAACUAUAGCAGACUUCCAGGCUGAAACGCUGCUGCUCCGUAACUCAGAUGAUUUUAGCAACCAAGCCCAGAAAGACAGUCAGUUAGCUGGAGAUGACUUCUGAAACAGGUGUAAUUUUCAAGCGAGUCGGGGCUGACGGGACUGAGGGUGAUGCCCCCCACACCCUCUCCAAAUUGGCGGCUUGCCUGGGCUGGGCUGCCGAAGGGGUGCAGACAGAGGUCUCUGAGAGGCGGCAGGGGCGGCAGGUCUGGGGCCGCUCGGCUAAGCCACAGGUGGAAGUUCUCUACAACUGACUGACUUCUCAAUAUGAAACAGAGAAUAAACACCAAAAAGGCUUUAGAGGUUAAAAAAAAGAAAAAGACUCCAGGAUUUGAUGUUGAAAUAGAUUUAAUUUACCUUUGCUACUAUAUUAUCUUCCUAACUGGUGUAGUCUAUAUUUAAAUACUAUUUAAAUUUUGAAAUUAUCUUAACUUCACCAUUAUUUCACGUCCUGAAGAGACUGAUAUACUCAAAAGCUGUAUUUGUGACUUAAUCUUUUUAUUUUACAUGGUUAAAAAUAACCUAUGCUGUUAACUAUGGAGUUUUCCUCUUAAAUUUCUUCUAUUCUUGAUAAUAAACAGGACACCGAGAUGGAA